UGUUUCGUUUUGUUUUGAUUGGUGUUCCAUAAAUUUAAAAUCGUCCCUUCGAAUAUAUCACUCAUGUUGUAAUUCGAUGGCCAACCAUGGUUAUAACAAUCCACAAAAGAAGAUAUGAUCUAUAUAUCUCUAAUUCAUUUUUCAAAGUGAAGUAUGUCCAAAACAAUUUUGUCAGGCACUAGUAUAUAUAUGCAUCCACGUUUUGUCCGUUUCCAUAUAAAUAAUCAAAUAUCCACAAACCAAGAGAGAAAACAUCCAAUUUAAUCAAGGUUUAAAGCACGAUUUCACAAAAGCCCACCGCGUAGUAGAUUACACGUACCGCCAUACAUCCAUCCCUUUAAACUACAUCUGUAUUAACCUAAUCUACACAUGUCUUAUUAAGAAAAUACAAAGACAUGCACCGAUCCAAUGUAUAUAAGACCAUAGGGGAAUUACGUUUUAAUAACUAACCUGCAGCAAAAAAACAAUAAGAGAGAUAUGGAAAGAUCUUCAAGUUAUGGAGUUGAAAAACUUCAAGAACGAUGUUACAAUGAGUGGAUGGGUUUACAAACUAAACACAUAGAGGAUCUCAAAGAAGCACUCAUGUGUCAACAAAACAACGAUCACAAAGUCGAAGACCUAGUUGGUAAAAUCGUCAAUGACUUCCAAACAUAUGCAAGAAAACGAUCAGAGCUCUCGCACCGAUGCUGCGCUAACUACUUUGCACCGUCAUGGAACUCUCCUAUAGAGAACAGUAUGCUAUGGAUGGGAGGAUGUCGUCCUUCUUCUUUCAUUAGACUUAUAUACGCGCUUUGUGGAUCCCAGGCCGAAACUCUGCUUACUCAAAAUCUUCUUCAUAUCGAUGAAAACUUUGACGUAAACCAUGGUGGUUUCAUGAGUGAUCUUACCGCGACACAGCUUGAAAAAAUCAAUGAGUUGCAUAUGAAAGUAAUAAAGAAAGAAGACAAGAUUACGAAGACAUCUGCGAAUUUUCAAGACGAUGUGGCGGAUAUGCCAAUCGCGGAUGUGGUGGUGCAUGGUGAUGCAGCGGUGGAGGAUGCUUUGGAUAAGCAUGAAGAGGGUAUGGCGGUUUUACUGGCGGAGGCUGAUAAACUGAGGUUUGAGACGCUUAGGAAGAUUGUGGAGGUUAUGACUCCGGUUCAAGCGGCGGAGUUUUUGCUUGCCGGGAAAAGAUUACACUUUUCGUUGCACGACCGGGGAAGAGCUAGAGCAGAUGUUUGUGGAGGAGUAGGGGACGACGCCGUCGGAAGAGGCGGAGCGGGGAAGUCAGACAGAACCACUUGUUGAAGUGAGUGUGUGUAUUUAGCAUAUAAUAUGUGUAAUAUUUGUCUAAUUAGAGUGUAGA